AUGGAAGUACUGGCCUCUCUGAAGCAGCGAUAUUCGAACUGUGCGCCGCAACAAAAAAUCAUUCAGGAAAUAACUCGAGAAAGGAUAAUCAAACAUAAUACAUUAGAGGACUAUUAUUUUCUUUUCGAUGAAGGCUUGCGUAGAAAAUUGAUCAGUUUAAUAGCUAUCGCAUCCUUUGUUACUGAUAGCUCAUUCGUGGUGGAAAGCGAUAACAAAUUUGAUUUUGCAAAAUUCAUUUUGAAGAAUUUCGUGGAAGACUGA